CGCGGCACCCGCCCACCCUGCACACUCCAGCGAGCUGCAUUCGGCUCCGUUACGGCUCCAGUCCUCAGCCACCCUCCCCCGAGCCGGCUCCGGGAGCAGCCGCAGCCGCGGCGAGCGAGAAGGGCGCCGGGACCUCUGGCCAGCAGCAUCCUCAGCCCUCGCCUGCAGCUGGCCGGGCUGGCGAGAGGAUGAGGAGAGAUGGGCCAAGCUUGCGGCCACUCCAUCCUCUGCCGGAGCCAGCCCUACCAGCCGGCCGCGUCUGACAUACGGGGCCAGCAGGUUUUCCUGAAGGCGGAGGAGACGCUGCCCAGCUCCGAGGCGCUACAGGAUGCCUUACUGAGUCUGGGCUCCGUGAUCGACGUCGCCUGCCUCCGGGAGGUCAUCAAAGAUGCCAUUACGUCCGUGCUCCCCAAAGUGGAGCACGUGUACGUCUACCUGCUGGACGGAGAAGCCAGGCUGACCUGCGACGACCCUCCCCACGAGCUGCCUCCCGAGGGAAAGAUCAGAGAUGCCGUCCUCAAGCAGAAGCAGGUGGGAUGCAAUGGGCUGCCCCAGUCGGAGCUCCAGGGCAAACCGAUGGAUAGCCUGGCGGCACCUUUGCCUCCUGAUAAACAAGUGUUGAUAAACCCGCUGGUGGACAAGGACUCGGGGGAGGUGGUCGCUGUCAUCCUGGUGCACUGUGGGCGGCUGAGCGAGUCGGACGAGCAGAACCUGCGGGUGCUGGAGCAGCAUAUCCGGGUGGCUUACCGGCGUGUCCAAACCCUCCAGAAACUGCAGCCCUGGCCCCAGGUCAGUCUGUCCACCAGCUCGUCCCAGAAUUCCCUGGCCAAGACCGACAGGGCAAUGCACAGCGGCUACAGCGACCUGGACCGCAAGAUACUGCAGCUGUGCGGGGAGCUGUACGACCUUGACGCGGCCUCGCUCCAGCUCAAGGUUAUUAACUAUCUGAAGCAGGAGACCCAGUCCCCCUGCUGCUGCCUCCUGCUGGUCUCGGAAGAUAACCACCAGCUCUUCUGCCAGGUCGUGGGAGAUAAAGUGCUGGAAGAGGAGAUCAGCUUCCCUCUGACGUUUGGGCGUCUGGGGAAGGUGGUAGAGGAGAAGAAAUCCAUCACCCUACAGGACAUCAGUGUGGAGGAACACAAGCAACUUCACAAUAUGCUGGGAUUCGAGGUGACCUCCAUGCUGUGUGUGCCAGUCAUUAGCCGGGCCACCUCCCAGGUGGUAGCCUUAGCCUGUGCUUUCAACAAGCUGGGCGGAGAGAGCUACACGGAGGCCGACGAGCACAGAAUCCAGCACUGCUUCUGCUACACCUCCACCGUCCUAACCAGCACGCUGGCCUUCCAGAAGGAGCAGAAACUGAAGUGCGAGUGCCAGGCACUCCUGCAAGUGGCUAAGAACCUGUUUACGCACUUGGAUGAUGUGUCAGUGCUGCUCCAGGAGAUCAUCACAGAAGCCCGAAAUCUCAGCAACGCUGAAAUAUGCUCGGUUUUCUUGCUGGACACGUUCAGCCAUGAGCUAGUGGCCAAGGUGUUUGACGGUGGUGUGGUGGAUGACGAGAGCUAUGAAAUCCGCAUCCCAGCGGAUCAGGGCAUCGCGGGUCAUGUGGCAACGACGGGGAAGAUCCUCAACAUCAAAGACGCCUAUUCCCACCCGCUCUUCUACCGGGGGGUGGACGACAGCACCGGCUUCCGGACCCGAAAUAUCCUGUGCUUCCCCAUCAAGAACGAGAGCCAUGAGGUCAUCGGGGUGGCGGAGCUGGUCAACAAGAUCAAUGGGCCUUGGUUCAGCAAGUUUGACGAGGACCUGGCCACGGCUUUCUCCAUCUACUGCGGGAUCAGCAUCGCCCACUCGCUGCUUUACAAGAAGGUCCACGAAGCCCAGUACCGAAGCCACGUGGCCAACGAAAUGAUGAUGUACCACAUGAAGGUCUCGGAUGAGGAAUACAAAAAGCUGCUGAGCGACGGGAUCUGCCCCGUGGAAAACAUCGACUAUCGCUUCGCCGAUUUCACCUACACGCCGCGCUCACUGCCCGAGGACGACACGCCCAUGGCCAUCCUGAGCAUGCUGCAGGACAUGAACUUCAUUAACAACUACAAAAUGGAUCGCCAGACGCUAGCCAGGUUCUGCCUGAUGGUGAGGAAGGGCUACCGGGACCCGCCCUAUCACAACUGGAUGCACGCCUUCUCCGUCUCCCACUUCUGCUACUUGCUCUACAAGAACCUGGAGCUGGUCAAAUACCUGGAAGACAUUGAGAUCUUCGCCUUGUUCAUCUCCUGCAUGUGUCACGACCUGGACCACAGAGGCACCAAUAACUCUUUCCAGGUGGCUUCGAAAUCUGUCCUGGCGGCGCUCUACAGCUCCGAGGGCUCUGUCAUGGAGAGACACCACUUCGCACAGGCCAUUGCCAUCCUGAACACCCACGGCUGCAACAUCUUCGACCACUUCUCCCGCAAGGAUUACCAAAGGAUGCUGGAUCUGAUGAGGGACAUUAUUCUGGCCACGGAUCUCGCUCACCAUUUGCGGAUCUUCAAGGACCUGCAGAAGAUGGCGGAAGUGGGCUAUGACCCGGAGAACAAGCAGCACCACAGCCUGCUGCUCUGCCUGCUCAUGACCUCCUGCGACCUCUCGGACCAGACCAAGGGCUGGAAAACCACCCGGAAGAUCGCUGAGCUGAUCUACAAGGAGUUCUUCUCCCAGGGAGAUCUGGAGAAAGCCAUGGGCAACCGCCCCAUGGAGAUGAUGGACCGGGAGAAGGCCUACAUCCCCGAGCUGCAGAUCAGCUUCAUGGAGCACAUCGCCAUGCCCAUCUACAAGCUGCUCCAGGAUCUGUUCCCGAGAGCCGCCGAGCUGUACGAGAGGGUGGCCAGCAACCGGGAGCAGUGGACCAAAGUGUCUCACAAAUUCACCAUCAGGGGCCUCCCCAGCAACAACUCACUGGACUUCCUGGAUGAGGAGUAUGACCUGCAGGGGAUGGACAGGGAGAGCGCCAAGAUGAACGGCUGCCUGGACACAGAGGGGCACAUGGAGACGGUGGCGCAAUGAGGUUCUCCUCACUGCGGUGGGGGGAGGGCAGGGAGGGGAGUGACGGAUCAACAACCCCAGCAACUUUUUGUCCCUUUUCUCCUGGAUCCAAAGGAAAGAGGGAGCCGGUUUUGAGAAAUCCUUAUUUGUCCAGUGCGUUCUCUACAGUCCCGGUCCUCCCAGGCCGUGCCUAGCCCCGCGGGUGGGACGGCUGCUCUGAUUCAGGACACUCACCUACCUGCUCUUGUGGAUGCCAACGUGGGGAUGGGGGCGUUAUUCCUUGGACUCCUUUUGCUGUACAUUGAAAUGAACCCCGCUUCCCCCCGCCCCUUCUGUACGGGUACCGGCGCUGUUUAGUGGCUCCAGGGCUCAGUGUCUGGGCUAGGAACGGAAGGGGGUUCCUCAGGGCGGGGAGAGCGUGUGCUUUGAGAAGGCCUGAGGCUGCCCCUCCCCCCUGAGCACAGCUGCCCUUGCUUCCCAGACCAGGAUUUCAUGCCUCACACCCUCCUGAGAGCUGAACUUCACGGGCUGAUCGACAUGGAGAACUUUCGCCACUGGCUGCUUCGGGGUGGGGGGAGAGGUUUUCCCACAGGCUGAGCUGCAAACUCUGGCUAUUGAACGGGGGAGUUCCCUGGCCCGUGAGGCUGGGAUAGGGGAGAGCUGUGCAGGCGGGUGGGGACGGAAAGGAGAGGGGGCCAGUCACUCAGGAGAGCAGAAAUGUUCUCGAGGGUGUCAGAGUUGAAUGGCCGGGGGAAAUCACGUGUGGCUCGUCCUCAUGAAUGUACCCGCGGGCGCAGAGCAGUAGGGCUGGUGGAAGCAGGUCUUUGCUCCGGGGAUGUCUGGCUGAGAGCACGAUGUGUUUUUCUGACCUCCAGGCAGUUGGGCGGGCGUGAUGGGUCCCAUACUCCCAAGCACAGGCUCACGGCUGCUCUCCUCCCAACAGCAGUGUCCCUGCUCUCGGAUCCAGGGCCAGCCACCUCCUGCUGUCUUGCAGUGGUGGAGACGCCCGGGAGGCCUGCCCCUGAGCGCUGAGGGAGGGCAGAGGAAGGGUGCUUGGAUCCAGAGAGGAGCACAAAGCCAUCCCACGGGGAGACCUGUCCUGAGAGGACACUGCAGGGGAGGAGAGAGACUGGCAUCUGCAGGCCAGACGAUGCCCCUGAUCCAUGCAUGUGCUGAGCAGAAACACCAGGGCAUGAUCACUGCCAGCUUGUGAACUCAGACGGGGCCAGAGCCACACCCGGUGUAAGCAGAUGCACGUCCACUGACGUCGGCACAGAGCGUUUUCCCCGUCACCCACAUCUUGGCCCAUCGCUGCCUUUGUAAUUGAAAUCUGCCCUUUCUGAGAUGAGCCCGUUGGAUGCUUUAGCAGAGAAGGUCCCGGUACCCAUGUGUGCCCUGCAGAUACCCAGCCGAGCCAGCAGCCAACCAUGCAGGCGCUCGACGGGGCGCGGCUGGUUCCAGAAGGCAUCUGCCCAGCAGUGUCUCCCUGAGCAAUGGCGCAGAGCUGGAGCGGUGAGCCAGCCAGCACGCUGCACCCUUCACCAGAUGCACGGGCCGCCUGCACCUCGUCUAGCGGGGCCAGCGCGUUGUUUAUUUGGACAUAGAACCCAGAGGGCAUGUGUCACACUUGCCACCUGAAACGUGCUGGGGGCAGCGGUUCCUAUGGACGCUGCAGGGGUUUGAAGCCUCCUUCAGGCCUUUUAUCAACACACUCACCAGUUCUUUUCUGCUGCACCCACUGUGCUAGUGGUUUGGGGCCGACGGGUCUAAGUGACUUGGGGGAUGGUGGGAAUGCAGCAGAGAGAGAAACACGUCAGCCAGCGAGCGUACAGCUCCCUAGUACCCAGGUAUCGCUCUCAGACCCUCACCUGGCACUUUCCCCAUUAUAUGCCUUGAAUUCAGAUUGAAUCCACGGGCUCCGUAAGAUCUAGGGCCCAUGAGCUGCAGCAAAGCAUUCGGCUCAUCGUCAAGGAAAGCAGGAAAUACAGACAUUCUCCCCUAGGGCAGCGUGUCCCAGCUGCCCAUGGACUCUGAGGGACACAUCGUCAUCUGGCAGACGGCCUCACUGCUGAGCAAAUGAUCAUCACGGGAGUGUCUCAGCCUUCAGGGAAACGGACGAUAGUUAUUUGAGACAGGACACAGCCCUGUGUCCUGCAUGGCCUGGCUCCACCGGUCCCAUGUUCUCACUCAAGAGGACAUUUGGUGCUUUCAUUUGCUACUGAUCAGAGGACAGGCCUGCUUGUGGAGUCCAUGCAGGCCUUCAAAUCCUUUCCCCUGCCAAUUGCAGCAGUCACUAGCGUAGAGAGCCCCAAGUGCUGUUCCUUCCGGCUUGGGAAAAGACUUAACGGCCUGGCCUGGAAUCCUGGCCCCACUAAAAGAGGUGGGAUUGUGCCAUUGACUUCAGUGGGGCUAGGAUUUCGCCCCGGCUGUUCCCCCCAGGAUACGCUUGGCAGAGAGGCCAGUCUGCUGCUUUCUCACUUGUCUUCUACAUGCUCAGCUUGAUUCUUUCUCCCAAGGGGCGUCUGCCUGGGAACAGGGUCUUGGAUCUCUGAGACCAGGUGCUCCUUGCUCUCCCAGCUGAAGGCAUAAAUGGCUCUGUGCAGUGAUGAGAUAAUUGCCACCACUAGUGGUGCUCGAGGGCCAUCAGCAGAGGGUGAGGAACUCCAAUGAAGACCAAGUAGCAGGAGCAGGACUGUGGCAUCCUUGGUUGAGCAUUACGUCUUGCCUUUGCCGUGAGGUGGAUUUUAUGGACGGAUGGGACUUUCUCUAAUCUCUAUACGAGAGAUGGCCCUAAGAUAAGCACCCUACGCUGAAGAGCCCCAACCUUUAGGAACGUUUAGAGCCAGAUCUGGGCUUAUGGAUUGGCCCCAUCGAGUUGAAAGAGACCAGAACCUCACUGCAAGGUCUCUCUCAUCCCUGUUCCGGCCUAGGCCCCUGUGUGGUAACUGCUGCCCUUCCCCACCCAGUCCCUCCAUGUAAAGAGAGGAAAGGGAGCUACAGGAGAGCACCAUCUGGAGACAGAACAGUCUCCAGAGAAAAUGUGACCAGGAGGCAUCAGCUGCUCUUGUGUCAUUUUCUGUAGCGAGUCCAGAGAAGUCCAGGCUCUUCCCCCAAUAAAGGAUACUGCAAAACAUGGAGGGAGGCUAGCGUGGCCCCGGGGUCCCCAGCAUUGCAAACUGCAUUGAUCAAAAUGAAUCAACGGUGGCUGUUCCUAGGGGGUAAAAUUCACCCGGUGCAGCAUGCUGGUGUGAUACCAACAGGAUCAAACCUGGGGCCUCUAGAGCUUAGUGUAUGAGACUCUCCCACAUGAGCUAGAAGCCAACUGCCUCUUCAUGAAGGCUGUAGGGCAAAGUCAUUAAUCGCUAAGUGGUCUCGGUGCCACUAGAGGGGCCAGAACACCACACCCAGGAGGUGUGUGGGUUAUGCUGGCACAAGCCCACUGCACGAAGUCCCAGCUAAACCCUUUUUCGGAGGCACAAGCAGGCCAGUAGGGUGUAUUACAAAAACCGAUCCCUUCGCUUUGCUAAAGCGGCUCCUUCUGAAAUAGCGAGCCUGGCGAACCUCAACCAAAGCCACCCGACACCGACGUGGCUGCCAGAGUCUUUGCAUAAUAGCUGUGGGGGGAUGGCUGGGGGUGGAGUUACAUAAAUGUUUUGUGGCGAGGGAUGGUGCCCUUACCCAGAAAAGAGGCAUGCUCACUGCUGAGUGGCUCGAGAGUGUUGACUGGUCUGCGUUUCAUGGGAGGUCAGACUCUAUGGUCGCGAUGGUCCCAUCUGGCUUUAAAACUUAUCGCUGAGGAGCUGCCGUGUGUGUUUAAUCUAAGACUGUUGGAAUUUGCAGUCCUGGAGAUCAGGUUUCCAUCCCAGAGCAGCGCUCAGCAUGGGGAGGAAAAGGGAGUUUAGGACAGCAGAUUGCAUCCUAAAGGAGGCUGCUAUUCCUGGCUUCGCCAUUGACUCACUGCGCGACCUCAGGCAAAUCACUUAAUCUCUCCCUGUGCUUCAGUUUCCCCAUCCAUGACUCCUUUAUCUCACAGGAGCUGCUUUGAGGCUGGAACCAUUAUUCAGGCUUUGAGAGCCUGGAAUGGCAAGGGCUACCAAAGUGCAUCAGUGUAAGCAGCAGCUGGCCUGUUUAACUGGGGAGCAAGGGCGGGGUUAUCUGGAGCCUGUGAGUGGAUGAGCACUGGAGUGUAUAAACGUAGGAACAUCUGGUCUUCAGUGACAUGCAGUAAACAUGGGUGUCAUCCCUACCUGCUCUGCGCAGCAGCCAGCGACCAGACCUUGGCCUGUGCUGGGGGUAUGAAUUCCUUGUGGAUUUGGGCUACAUACAGGUUUUCCUCGGGGGUCUUUUUUUUAAUUAUACGUUUCUUUGAAUAUAUGUCGUGUGUGCCGAUGUGUGUGGGGAACAGCGGGAGACUUUGAAGACAAAGAUGCUAACCGAAAACAUGUAUUCAUUUGCCUUACCUAUUCAGAGUUGCCUUUAGAAAGAUGCUUUGUAUGAAAUACUCUGUAGGACCCUGCGUCGUUACUAAACGUGACUGUUGGCUGAUAGCUUUGUAUAGGAGUACCUCGAGUCCUUUCUCCCACAAUCCCUCUUGGAACAAUUGUAAGGAUUUGCAGAGGGGAAGAUAGCAAAGAAAUUAAAAAAAAUAAAAUAAAUAAACCCCUAAAGGCAAAACCCCCUCAACCCUGAAAACAAAGUUUGCUGUGAUUGUUACGCUCCAUUCGAUUGCGUCUGGCAGGGCUUGUGACCAUUUCUAACCACCUCACUGGAUUAUAGCCAUUGCUCGGGAAUGCGAUUUCAUUUAUCGAUGCGCCAUCUUCCGCUGUGUGAAGAACAGAGUUGACAGUGUAUGUAAACUCGCGGCAACGUGGCUUUAACGAUGGUUUCUAAGGGUCUGACUUGUCCAUUGGUGGCACGCUGGAAAAGGGCGGGGGGGAAUCAAUGGGUCAAAUCUAUCCCUUGUUUCUCCACUGGAGAUGUGUAAGAAAAAACGGGGUGACGUUCACCCUGUGUAAGGCCUGUGCCUACCUAGGCACUGGUACACAGAACUUGUGCUGGCCUGAUUUCACCCUUAGGGAACGCCACCCCUGCUAGGUUAUGUGCCUACAUAAGCGUGGUUUUCCUGCAGCCUGAUCCUUUUCGAUUUGGACUCUUCCCUGCAAAUGAAGCAAGAGCUGCCAGCAAACCCGUGCAAGGUGCCCCCUUCCUUCUGCUCACGAGUGAGCAAAAAGAGUGAAGGGGGAGGGGAGGGGGUCCCAGACAUGCCAACACCAACACCCUGCUGUGUAGGUGCCACCCGGCUUCCCCAGCGCUGUAUAAAAGCGGAGACAACCAACCCAACCCAAAUGUGAAGUGGCUGUUUCAAAGUUGUGGCCUGUGUUUUGCUGGGUUUAAUGUUGCUGUGUCCGUGUGUGUGGUUCAUUUUCUCUCUCGCCCUUGUACAUAGUCACCUGUAGAUAGUGUAAAGCCCGACCGGUUUGUUGGGGGUCUCUUGCCUAGCGUGUAUGCGUGCGUGAAAUAUUUUCCAGCUUUUCUGUCUUCUUACACUGGUUUUUUUCUCCCUUAAAUAGUUGUGAAGGGGAA